UCGAUAAUUCGAUAUGUUUACUAAUAUUACAAAUAAAAUUUGUUUAAGAUGAAUUUCCACAAAUUAAGAAUUACUACUGGAAUUUCAAUUAAACAUUCGAAAUAUUUUAGUAGCAUUGCAAAAGCAGAACUGCCGGCAACGUUUGUAAAGGACGAUGUGGAAUAUGUGCCUGAGCGGGAUAAAUCUGGUUUACGGCCACAACACAAAAAUGUGCUUCUCGAGACAAUGCCAUAUAAUGAGGCCCACUCCUGGAUACAUUUGACUGAGAAGUAUCAGAGAAGCCUUUAUGGCCGAUAUGGCGGAAAAAGUAAAGUAAAUCCACAGAUUUGCUUUGGUACACUAGCCGAACGAACGAAAGCCCAAGAGCGCCAAGCCAUUACGCAACCCGAAACUCUGCCGGAAAUAUUGGAGAAACUUCGCAUCACUAAGGCCGCAAAGCAAGCGGCAAUAAAAGAUCGUGAAGAUGCCAUUCUCAAGAAGCUAGAAAAACUGGAACAAUGGAAGGCGGACCUUAACGCAAAGGUAGCAAAGCGUAAAGCAGAUGCCGCGGCCGCAAUUCAACGCAAGGAACGACUGAUAGAGGAGGUACGUCGGCAUUUCGGAUUCAAGGUGGAUACACGUGAUGAACGCUUUAAGGAAAUGCUCGAGCAGAAGGAGAAGGAGGACAAGCGAAAGCAAAAGGAGGCCAAACGAAAGGUCAAAGAGGAGAAGAUGAUGGCUAAACUAGUUCAGAAAACUAAUUAAUUAAGCGUAACUGUGUACAUUAAGCUACGAUUUGUCAUAGCGAACAAUAUAUUUAUGUCAACUGACAA